UAAAUUUUUAAAACUAUUAGGGUAUUUUUAUAAUUAAAACAAAUAGAAUUCCGUUAAUUUAGACGGAUUAUAGCAAAUUGGACAAAAUCGGCUAACGGUUAGAUAGUGUAGGAUAAUAUUGACUAAUCGAAGAAAAAAUAUAGUAGAAUUGACUACGCAUGUAAAGUUUUUGGUAGAUCCACCAAUUUUUCCAGAUUCUAAUUGUUUAAAGGGAUAGAAAUGGAAUUUUAACCCCAUUCCAAUUCUAUCUCACAUAAGAACCAAGCAGGCAAAAUAAAAUUUUUCAAACCCUUAGCCAUCUUUAUUAUUCUAUGAAAGUGAAUCUUCUAUUCUAUGAAUCCAAUUCCGAAGAAUCAAACCCUCACUGAACCAGGCAUACCAGAACUUCCAGCAUUUAUUUUCAAGCUUUUACACCCUCUUAUACACAUAAUGGCAAUGAAUCAUAAUCUGUCUAGUACACCGAUUUAUACAGUUCAAAAUGGUUACUACUCAGUUACCCAUAAACACCACCGCAUUAAUUUAUUUGACCAAAGGGUGGUAGAUUAGAUCGUUGGAUGGAUAGCAAAAUUCAAGAGAACUUAGAUCUUGGAAUGGUACUGUUUUAAUUCUUGGAAAAAAAAAGAAGAGAAAAUUCUUAUUAUGAACUCUGUAGGACUUAAAAUUCCUAAUCCAUAAAAUAGUGUGUAAAAUGUACUAAUAAGAAUCCAAAUCUUUGGAUGCCUUUUAAGAGGAAUUUUCUCAAUAUAGAAUAUUCUCCUCUCGAAAAAAAAAGAGAUUUAUUUUAAUGUUUUAAUUCGAAAAAAAAAAGAUUUAUUUUAAUGUUUUAAUUCGAAAAUAACUCUUAUAUUAGCAAGGCCUUUUUAUCUCCACACAAACUUACAAAAGUCGACCUGAGAAAAGGCGCGGGUUACAUAGGAAGCGCGAAGAUAAAUCUGUAAGCGCUUUCUCGUUCCGGCAUGGGUUUCAACCAAAUCCUCCUAGUUUUAUCACUUCUUUUCCUCCUCCACCUCCAUGGAUCAAUCGCUUCACCUGAUUCAUUAAUCAGAAUCCUGCCGGAACGGGAUUCCUCUAACCGCCGGAAACUCCCUCGGGACGAUUAUAUACGAUGUGAUAGCUGGAGAUUCACUGUCGAGACCAAUGACGCUGGUCCCUGGAGCCGCAUCCCAUUCAGUUGCGCUACCUUCGUGAAGGAUUACGUCUCCGGCUAUCGAUAUACUUCGGAUUCCGAGGCCGUGGCCGAUGCGUCUAUUGCUUUUGCGAAAACGGUUAAACUUUCCGGCGACGGCAAAGAUGUUUGGGUCUUCGACAUUGACGAGACCCUCCUCACCAACCUUCCCUAUUACGCAGACCACGGAUUCGGAUCAGAGAUUUUUGAUGAAGAAUCUUUUAAUGCGUGGGUGGACUUGGCUGAGGCCCCUGCCUUGCCUGCAAGUUUGCGGUUAUACAGAGAGCUUCAGCAGCUGGGUUUUACGAUAGUGUUAUUGACCGGUCGAGAUGAAUCUCAAAGGGAAGCUACAGGGAAAAAUCUUUACUAUGCAGGAUAUAGCAACUGGGAGAGGCUUUUCUUAAGGGGACCUUCUGAUAAAGGCAAAACCGCCACCAUUUACAAAUCUGAGAAGAGGAAGAAGUUAGUAGAUGAAGGCUACAGGAUUCAGGGCUCUUCUGGUGAUCAGUGGAGCGACUUGCAAGGAUUUGCUGUCGCCAAAAGGUCCUUCAAGCUCCCAAAUCCUAUGUAUUACAUUGCAUAGUUAAAAAACCAGGUGAGAUUUCGGUUCAAAUUAUCAGCAGCCUCAUUCAUUUUGGAACAAGCUCGCAAAAUCCUAUGUAUUACAUUGCAUAGUGAAAAAAACAGGCGGGAAUUCAGUUCAAUUUGUACAUCAGCAUUUUCAUUCAUUUUGGAGCAAGAACUGAUUUAUGUAUUCCCUAUCUGCUGUAAGCCAUGUCUUGUUCUGAAGUUGCCAAUUGUACAAAUAAAUCCAUUUAUCAACAAUGUCAUUUGUGAUUAUUUUUCUUAUUCCUAUCGACCAUCCAACUUUUAAUUGAAAGGAACGAGUGAAUUGGUAUUUUACUGGUAUAAAUAUGCAGG